AUGUUUUGUUGAUAGGGUUAAAGUUUUGUUAUCCAAAGUGAAUCAAUAGCAUUUUCGAAUUUUAGGCGUGGAAAGAUUGUAUAGGGAUCGGCAAACGAUUAAACUUCGAGAGGUUUAAUUAACACGAUAGACAGCAUAAUCGAACUUCGAAGGAUAUACACAAAUUUGCAGUUUUACCAAUGGGAAAGAAAAAUCUUCUUCAAAACCCAUGUGCAAUAGACGGCAUGGCGGGGUGGGAGGUUACGUGGAAUGGUGGAGACGGCUGGAAGGCGGAGCACAGCGCCUUGGGAUGUCGUCCUUUCAAGGAGGCCAACCCGGAAGCGAAAGAUGACGCUUGUUGGACAACCUCUUAUGGCUUGUGUAUGAAGAAGCAGACGAUUGAUCUGGAAUUCGCCGGCAUCGUCGGCGAUUAUUUGGACGAUCAGCGACCGGAAAUACGUGUAACGGAGUGGUGUGGCAGCCGCUAUGAUGCCGGAUCUGAAUAUCAUCUGCUGGUUCGUCUGCUGAACUCUGAUCUGGAGACCGUAGACAAACGGGAGGUCACGAAGACACUGCCGGCCGAUGGUCAGUGGCACAAGGUCGAGAAGGCGUUCAUCAUUUACGGCCCAGGAGUCCGUUUUAUCGAAUACUCUCAUGGCGGGAAGGAUACAUGCUACUGGGCGGGCCAUUUUGGCGUCAAGAUCACGUGCUCGUCCGUUACCGUGGCAACCGGGAGUGGGCAGGACUCCUCGUCGUCCUCUUGAGAUGACGAUUAAGGCGGGAAAGACGACGAGAUCCCCAUGAAAAUGGCUUGGAGAUAAUCAAGAGCUUAUGUAAUGGUGAUCGGAUUUCAUAAUUCUACGUACCAUUUUAUAUUUAGACCUGAUACUUUUCUUCUUUUAUAGCUUGAAAUGUUGUUAUUUUAUCGUUACAUAAGCCCAUAAUUGACCUAGUUAUAAGUGUUAAUAAGAAAAGGUUUUGUUUGAUUUAUGAUCGCUUAAUGCUACAUCCAGUAGUAAGAUUUAUUUGUUGGGCUAUACAGUAAUACGCUGUAUAGCAUCAACUAUUUCUUUGUAAUAAAACUAUACAUGAUUACCUUCGUGCAUGUAGACAUGGAACCAAUAUAGAUAUGUUUUGUUCGUUAUUACAAAUGCGACGAAUUACAAUCAUUAUUAAAAAUGCACUUUAAUCGACACAUAUUUAAAUACUGUUUAUAAAACAGAUUCUUAAAUGACAAUUGUCAAGCGCACAUGUUCCAGUUAAAAGUAGUUUUA